AUGGACCGCUUUCGCCACCAUAAAUCCCCCGGUUCCGAACGCUUCAUCGGNAGGCACCCCGCCGCCUUCCGCCCCGCCGCCCUCCCCCUCUCCCCCGAUCCCAAUCCCAAUCCCAAUGCCUCUUUCUGCUCGCGCCUUACUCCCCCCGCCCCUCACCCGAGCCCCCCACGCCCCCGCCUCCGCUUCUCGAGCAGAAGCACCUCGAGCUUCGGGAGGAGCCGCCGCAGCCGCAGCCGCACACCUGGUUUGGCCGACAAGUCACCGCCAAGCCGCCAGGUCGCCCCCGAGUCGCACCUGGCCCACGCACCGCCGCCACAUGCUUACCGCCUUGGCAUUCUCGCCGCCCUCCCCGAGGACUUCACACGCUUCUCCCCCAAGCAUGGCGCCGCCGCCGCCGGAGCCUCCUUGCUACGCCCGAGGCCGCAUCUUUCGUCCUCAUCCUCUUCCUCCGCCUCCACCUCCCCCACCUCCUCCGCCUCCUCCUCCGCCUCCCGGAUGAUCCCCUCGAUUCCUCGGCCGAGGCCCGAGUUCAACCUCUCUGUCCCCGGGGCCCGGAUCCACCACCAGUCGGCACCGGUGAACGUUCCCUUGGUGAACCGGAGGCCGGCGAGUGGGCCGGAGGAGCUCGAGGGGGAAGACGAUGGCGAGGACGAGAUGCUCCCGCCUCACGAGAUUGUGGCGAGGGCGCGCACAAAGGAGUCGCCGUUACGGGCCUCCUCGAUGCUCGAAGGGGCCGGAAGGACGCUGAAGGGGAGGGAUCAGCGCCAGGUCCGCGACGCCAUUUGGAGUAAAAUGGGUUUUAUGGAUUGAAUUUAAACGGUAUUGUUUCCUCUUUCUCUCUUUCUCUGUUUGUUGUUCAAAUUCUUGAGCUUUUUGGUUAUAUUUUGAUAGACAUGUGUCUUGGCCCUCUUGUGAGACAAAUUACGAUAGAUGACUAUUGUAUUUUUGGGUUGGAACAGCCGGUAGUUUUUGUUUGUGAAUAAUUAGUGAGAUAUGCUUUGUUUAUUCAACUUGUCAAUUGUAACUGAAUCAAGGCAAUUUCUUUUAAUAUAUCUUAUCUUAUUUCCUUUU